CUAGACUCUCUCCCCCUUUUGCUUCAUCCAUCAAAACUGUCGCUUUAUUUCUGCCCAUAUGAUCAUUCUUUGUCACCCGUUCGUUUCUUGUCGAUCAUUCAUUCAUUGACCAACAAUAUUUUCGUUGUGAGACAUCUCCCGCGACAACGGCCCACCUGCUUUAUCAACUGCCCAGACCCAGUUUUUCUGCAGCAGGAUCUCGCAACCGGACGUAUAUAAACCAAAUCGAGUAUCUGGUCCUUGUACUAUUAUCUGCGUACUUGAUCUAUCCGCUGUAUAUACGUUUUGACCAGAUUCUCGGCUUGUCCCGUCCUUCACCAGGUCCAUCCGAUCCCUCAGUCGUUUCAGCUGCCCGUUGAUCAGUGCAUUCGCCUUCCCUGCAGGACUCGACGCUGUGACAGACCGUCAUCCCCACUUCAACCAUCACGCUGUGACUGUUAUCGUGCUCCACUCCCGAGUGAAUUUGCAUCCUAGAUUAUCGCAUUCCAGACCCGCCGUUCUCUAUUCAAAAUGGCGGGCCCUCAAUCUCCCACAUCACCCAGGCAUGGCCGCCGGAUCAGCUUCGGUGGCCGGUCGGACAAGACUCAUAAAUCCAACAACUCCGCAAACAAGAUCGAUCCCACGGAAACCCACGAAGAAAAGGCGCGGCGGAAUCUCACGACCAAGGCCGAUCCCACCGUCGCGAUGUACGAACUGCAGCCCAAUCUGGUUGCACUCGAAAAGUCGAACUUGGGCUCACUGAGGUCCAUGCAACACAAGGAUCAAUAUGGAAAUAUCAUCACUGACCCCGAUCGUUCCAAUCCUACCCGUCCUCGAUUCGAGCGUCCUUUGGACACCAUCCGGUCUUUUGAGUCCGCCAUUCGUGGAACUUACGGCAUGAGUAACGCCAACAGUAGGCCAACUUCAUACAUCAGAGAUGAACCCAUGCACCCCAAUGGAUACAACAGGCGGGACAGAGACAGCUACUAUGGACAAAACGGACAUUAUAAUGGGCGCGGAUCGCAAUCACGACCCGAUAGCUACAUUGACAAUUACACGGGUUCUGGCGAGGGCUCCGCAUACUAUCAGAACAAUGGCUGGUCUCCCCGCCGCCAAGUGCAGCGGAUGAAUACCGAUCAAUCGUAUGGAAAUGGAAGCAGCUCACGGAAUCCCUACUACUCGCAACAUACUGCCCAGAGAUCGUACGAUACUGCGACUGCUUCCGUGCCCAAUACCGAGUCCUGGGGUAACCAUUCGACCGAUCCGAGCUCCAUCGGCGGUUCAAUGGAUCAAGGACAGCCGGGACAAGCGUAUGGAGGUGCUGACAAGUACGGUCCAGGAGGCUGGGACAGACGCAACACUGGCAACGGCUUCUCGAAUGCUCCCGGAGGGCCAUCGGGGACGGGCACGAAUGCCGGUGGUCCUGCUGGCGGUGCAUCUGUAGCAACAGCUCCUAACAACGGCCAUCUGCGCACGAACACAAACGCGACGAAUGUAUCUCAGUCUCAGAAGAAGAAGGGCUGGCUUAAGAAGAGAUUCAGCCGGCGCAAAGAUUAAUGGAUGAACUACCAUGGAAUAUGGUUGUCUAUUACAUUGGACAAUAGGCACUGCGUAUUUGGAUAUACGGUUUUCACGGAUUACUAUUUUCUUUCAUGUUUGACGGGUAUAAUGACUCGGGUGAUACGCACUUUAUUUCCUUUUGAGUGGUCAGGGGAAACCAUCGAUUCACGGAUAUUCUAUUUAAUACGUUUUUUGUCUUUUUCCCCCCGGUUUACGUUUUGAAUUCACGGUAUACGAGGCCACGACGAUGGACGCUGGAAUGAGCAACGCGGGCCUCUUUCUGUGCCUGUUACAGCUACCUGCAGUUGAAGGAAUCUUUGUGUGAUCUGGGAAAAUGGAAGCUAAAAUGAGAUUUACCUGAUUUUUGUUUUUGUCUAGUUGUUUGUUGGUUGAUAUCCCGUCUCCUCG